AAAGACAGUCGGCGGCGGCUCCGCCCGGUCACAGUUGCAGGAUGUCGUUCAGCGGAGACACCGCCGCUGGGCCGGAGGCGCCCGGCCAACAGCAGACGACUGCAAGACAGUUCCUGUACGUGGACGACACUGGACCGGAGAGAAAGCUGCGGCUGAAGGAGAAAGUCCUACAGGCCUUCCUAGAGAGUGAUGACGUUUCUGGCAAGCCUGUGGCGGUGAUUUCGGUGGCCGGAGCAUUCCGGACGGGCAAGUCGUACCUAUUGAACGAGAUGUCCCGUUAUCUGACCGCCGAGAACAAGGGGCAAUGGCGUGACGUGAAAAAGGGGAGCUUCACAUGGAAAAAUGGAGCUGACUCUCAUACCAACGGCAUGUUCAUAUCGCCUCCGAUCAAGAUCACUUUGGGUUCCGGAGAAGAGGGUGCUCUCUUUCUUCUUGACACCCAGGGGCUGUUUGAUGAUUCGAACAUGUCUGACGCGACUAACAUCUUCGCACUGAGCACACUUCUCAGCUCAAUGCAGGUAUUCAACCUUCGGGGCGAUUUGAAAAGCGAUGACCUGGACCACCUUCAGCUUUUCGCCGAAAUCGGCAGCAUGGCCAGAGAUCGCUCUGACAGAACAGCGUUCCAGAACCUUCUCUUCCUGAUUCGCGAUUGGGAUCACCCUGAUACAAAUCCGUUCGGUAAACAGGGAGGCGAUGGUCUGGUUCAAACACGUCUGAGCAGUGACAAGGCGGACCUCAAUCAGAGACGCCAGCACAUUGAACAAUGUUUUGCAAACAUCGAAGGGUUCCUCAUGCCCCAUCCGGGAAAAGUAGUGGCCCGCAGCUCGGCCUUUUCUGAUGGCGAUAUUGACGAGGAGUUUGCGACUCAUCUGGACGAGCUGCUGACCCUGCUGCUCUCUCCAGACAAGAUCCCGUUGAAGAUGAACGGCAACCGUCCAGUGACGUGCGGAGAGCUGGCGACACUCAUCAGGAGGUACGCGGAGCUCUUCCAAAGCGGCAAGCUCCCGGAACCAAAGAGCAUUCUCCAGAGCCUCGCCGAAUGGUGCAACACUGCAGCCGUUGAAACUGAGCUCAGCGGCUACGUGAGGAAGAUGAACGACCUACUGGCGAAAGAUGCUCCGCUACUGACCGAAGAAAUCUUCGAGCAAAAGCACAGCGAGGAAAAGUUGGCAGCAAUCGAAGCUCUGAAAAACAGAGACACCGUUCCAGACUACACAAAGUCUGAAGACCAUUAUUGCUCACAACUCGCUGAAAAAAUAGAGCAAUGGCUGGAAUCGGCGCAAAAAAAGAUCACAGAAAGAUGCGCAAACGACAGAGAAAAGGCAAGGAUGGUGAAUGAAAACCUGGUCAGAGAGUGCAUUGAGACAUUCGACGCAUCGAUGCGUGGCUUGGAAGGUGACGAACUACUCGGGGAAAAUAAAAUAAAGCACAGGUACUUCGAAGCAGAGAGGGUUGCGAUAGAUCACUUCACACAGAGAAUGAUUUCUUUGGGAUCGUACAAACCAACAGAUUUCAAAUACAAGCUGGAAGCGAGUUUGAAAGAGAGGCUCGGCCGAAUGUUGGCAAGAGACGAGGACUUGUCGAACAUGGCGAAAGUGGAAGAGCACUUCCUCAAGUACAGAGCUCAAAUGGAAACACUUCUAGCUGACGGAGCCCCGAGCCUGGACAGAGGUAUUUUGGAAGGUCAGCACGACAAGGAACUACGCUUGGCUCUGUCAGCCUUGCAACCACGGAUUAGCGUGAAACAUUCGACUAACUCCGAAGGCCACUACUCUGAACGCCUUGAGAGCAAGGUACUGGGAUGGUUCCAAGCGUCACAAGAACGGUUCCGCGAGAAGUUCAACCAGGACAAAAUGAAGGCAGAUGAGGUGAACUGUGCACUUGCGACAGAGUGCUUGGCGUCAUUUAAACACACACUUACUGCUAUAAAAAGAGACCAGGCUGCCAACAAAACGGAGAUGCAAGAAGCAAUGGAGGUUGCCGAGCAGAACGUCAUGCAGCGAUUCGAAUGUGAAGUGGUUACCUUUGGUUCGUACAACGCGGAGGAAAGAAGGCAGCAGCUGCUCAACAACAUCAAGGAUGCCAGUCUGAAGAUUCUGGAAACAGAUGACGAAAAGUCGAACUCGGCAGUAGUCAGGGACCUAUUAAAACAGUACAGCAUGACAUUGGUCCAACUUCUAGCUGACGAGUCACUCAUUAAUAGUGAGCUCAUCACGCAAACUCACUCACAGGCGAAACAAAAUGCGCUGUAUGCACUGAAAGGCAGGCUCAGCUUGCAGCAUUCCACGAAGACAAAAUGUGAGUACUGGCAUGAGCUUCACGAAGAAAUAGACGAAUGGUUCAUCAAAUCCAAAAAUAUAUUUGAAGACAAAUGCGAAACGCAGAACGUAAAUGUGGCUACCAACGCUCUCGAUGAGUUUUUUGAGAGUUUUCAAAAGAAACUACCAGAGGUAGAGGAGAACGGCUAUUUCAGCAGUCGCGAUGAAGAAAAAAAUAUUGUCCUGUUGGACUUCUCCAACCAAGCAGCGUCUUUCGGCAAUUACAGUGCUGCGGGCAUAAGAAAUCGACUCGACGAGAUACUGGAUUUACUAGCGGAUCAGAUGAUCAACAGGGAGAAGGCGCGUCGGAAAGCUAAUUGGCAAAUGAAUUUGGCCAAGGCUGGCUACUUGGCCGGCGCAGCAGCCACUGUAGUGUCCCUCGGAGCACUCGCCGUCGUGGCUGCACCCGUCGCCGUCGGAGCAGCAUUAGUCGGUGCAGGAGCCGGUGCAACUGGUAUGGUGGGGGGAGCCAUUGGUAUAUUUGCAAAUCACACCCCGGAGGACGUCAGGAAGGAGGCAUUUCUGGACUUGAUGCGGAAGAAAGAGGGCGACAAAGAGUCUGACACAGAAGCGAUCAAACGGAUCCUCGCGUUAACCGACAAAGGUUCAGCCAAAGAAGACAAAGACAAAGAAGCAGCCAAAUGAACCAUGGUUGCAAGCCUCGGAGUCGACGGGGUUCUGAAGACUUCAGGAAACAAGCCAUGUGUUGUCUUCAUUUGCUUGUAGUUGACUGACUUGAUUUCCCUUCGUCAUAUGCGACGCUGAUACCACGUGCUUAGGGCGCUCCUGUUGUGCAGCUAUGUCCUGGCAUCUGUCGAUGACCAUGCAGAAAGAGUUGCUGUUGUUUGAAUAAUCAUACGCACUCCGUUCCCGGUUCAUCGUCGGGAGACACAUGUAACGUGUGCAGUGUAGUGCGUCACAUGGUGCUGUGGAUGGCUUCUGGUGAGCCCUCAGCUGCUGUUCAUAAUAACAGAUUAGAAAUGCUUUACGCUUGGGUCUUAGCGAUAGGUGUGUAAAACGUGACGCUAUCUGAUUUUCUGUCAAUGAUGGGAAUCCAAUGCGUAUCAUUCGAUUUUGUUGAAUAUGCGCAGCAGAAAAUGCAUGGAUGGUGCAGGUGUAUGAUGGUGCAAAAAAUAAAGGUAAAUGGCUUAUCA